GUCAUUCUGACAGCUGGCGGCUAAAAUGUUAAACAAAUAGACUCAGACGUUGGCUCACCUAAUUUUUCCAUAAGUUUUACGAAAUUUUCAGUUGUAUUUUCGUACACACAUUCCCUUCCUAUAAUGCAUAUAUACCUAUUAUUACUCAGUACCUUGCUGACAGCAGCUGCCAGUUCUGGAAGCACAGAAAAAAUAGGACCUUCUCGGGAAGACAUCGAAAGUCAUUUAUCUUCAAAAACCCCUUACAGAGUCAUCGCCAAUCGAAAUGACAAGGAAGUCAAAUACCCAGGUUGUACUCCUAUUCGAAUAUGGUCCGUUAUUCGCCACGGUACACGCAAUCCAAGCAGAAAAUUUAUCGAAUGCGCACAAACCCAUCUCCACAGGCUACGCGAUAAAAUAGUCAAUUCUACAAAAUCUCAUCUCAGCGAACAACAAAAAGUGGCACUACAGAAAUGGACUUUAACGAUAAGCCCAGAUGAGGAGAAAAUCCUUCUUGUCGAGGGAGAAGAUGAGUUGCUAGAGCUUGCCGAACGUAUGCAAAAUCGCUUUCCGGAUCUACUAGUUGAAAAUUAUGACCCACUUCAUUAUAAGUUCAAGUACACGGCGACCCAAAGGACACUGAAAAGUGCUGAAAGCUUUGCCACAGGUUUAUUCGGAAGGCAACACAUCAGGCAAAUCACGUAUCCGCCAGCUUUGCAUAAGGACCCAAUUUUGAGGUUCUAUAAGCUGUGCAAUCGGUGGAAAUCAGAAGUUGACAAAAAUCCCGACUCUCUAGUUGAAGUAAAGAAAUUUGAACAGAGCAGCGAAAUGAAAAAAGCAUUAAAACAAAUCAUGAAGAAGACGGGCCUUAGUGGACUAACUCCUACUGAUGCUCAUCAAAUGUACAUGGCGUGCGCUUUUGAAACUGCCUGGAGCAAAAAUCAAAUGUCCCCGUGGUGUGCAGUGUUCGAUAAACAUUCAAUCCGCACAAUGGAAUAUUAUAAGGAGCUUGAACAUUAUUACAUCGAUGGUUACGGCCAUGAGUUGACUACAAAAAUUGCUUGUCCUGCUGUCGUCGACAUGCUAGAUCACAUAAGCCCCACAUCCGUUCAUACAAAUGCAACAUUUUAUUUCACCCAUUCCGGAACAAUACUCAAAUUACUUGCCCAUUUGCAACUUUAUAAGGACGACUUUGUGCUCACUCAUAAUGAUUUCAAUCGAAAUCGCAAAUGGCGAAUCAGUAAAAUUGAUGCUUUUGCCAGUAACAUUGCCUUCGUUACUUUCGACUGCGGUUCAGAAGCUAAAGUAUUGGUUUUGCAUCAAGAGCGCGUAGUGCAUCUGCCCGGUUGCCCUCCAGACCAGCAUCUUUGCAGCUACGAACAAAUUAGACAUAUAUUAAAAGACAGCGUUGAACGUUGUGAGUUCAAUGAGAUUUGUAAGUUAUGACGAAACUUUUAAGAGUAGAUAGUGACGAUGAAUUAUUUAUUCAGUAUUAAAUAAAGUUUUGUGAUAGA